CAGCAACCAGCUUGGCACCACUGCUAGAUAGUAGUGAUGUUUAUCACCGAAGGGCUGUUCCGUUUUGGGAAGGGACACUUCCCCUUUGUGGAGACGCCGACGGGACAUUUAAUAUAGAGUUUUUAAAAAAUGGCAGAACAUUGGCUCGACUAGAGUAUUUUGAAUAUAGUCAUUGAUUAUUGUGACCAGCGAAACCACUGUCACUGACAUUUCAAUUUGGUUGUUUGAUGUCAAUAUUCUGAGGUUGGAUAGGAGAUCGUGAGGUAUGUAAUACAUUUAAAUGUGCGAAUUAUUUGUAUAGCUCAGGGGUCCUCAAAAUGCUACCAGCGGGCCAAACCCAGGACCCCAAGGGUCAAGGCCAGGGAUCCUUAAUCCAGCCAGCGUGGCCGCCAUAAUAGUACAUGUUCAGCAGCGACAUACGAAGCCGAACAUUGCUCAUCUCAUGAGCCUUACUUCCCUUUACUUCCUGAAAUACUGUUAAGUUUAUGAUGGAUAAUUAUUUACUUCAUUUUAAACAUUUACAUUCGUUUUUUUCAAGUUAUUUUUUAAAGUAUAAAUUAAGAUUUUUGCAGUGUGCAUAGAAUAUGUUGAUAUUUUUUUUCAUACUAUUAAAAAAAAAGUUUGAGCUAAUUCAAAUAAACCUAAAUAAUCAUUACCGAAAGAACACACUUUAAUUAUAAAUUACACAUUUUAAUUAGAUCAAAAUAGGUUUCUUGCUCGUGACAAGCGCUUAGUUCUAGUUCUUGUCCGUGCGUCUUUAAAUGAAUGGGAACAUUGUUGGUUUGAAUUUUUAAAAAAAUAUGGGUCGGCACCCUACGGCUCACGUGCCUGGCGUGGCACGCAGGGCAAUUUUCAGUGGCGCGUGGAAUACCAUUAAAAAAAUAAUUAGAAAUGGUUUUUAAAAUGCUUUUUAUAAGGUAGGCGGUUGACUUACGGGAUGUUGGCACAAUGUUUCCAAAGGGUUUCUGACCCCUGCUGUGGCGUGUCUAAGAUUAGUGCCACCAAGGGCGUGCUAAAUCUGAAUUGGGCUGAAAUUAAAAUUUUCCGUACUUUUUCUUACGUCACUAGGGUACCUACUGAUCAUAAAUGAGAUUUGAUUUCUGAAACGGGGAAGUAAUAAGUUAUUUAUUCGACUAAAUCGCAUAUUAUAGCCCAUUCACUCCCUUGCACAGAGUCGCUACAGAAUGUCAGAGAACUGGAGUGAUGAACUCAAGAACAUUGGGGACGCCGGCGACUCUUCGCGAGACGAGGUGGACGAAAACUCGGGCAAUCCCGUGUGUGAGAUGGUCGGGGCCAUCAAGCGUGCCCUGCAGUGUGGCGACCACCAGGGGCUCAUGGUGCAUCUAGGAACUUUAGAGGAAUGGAGGCGUUGUGGGCGGAACAACUUGACCCACGAUUACUGGAGGGUAAUAGGGGAAACUAGACGGACUAACUAGACUCGUGAUUAAUGGAGGGUACUUAUAGAAAAUAGACGGAUGAACAAACUUGGCUAGGUAGAGAGUGUAGAUUAUAAGUGUAAGGCUUAUACUUACACCUAUGCCCCGGUGGCUCAGAAUGCAUGGGAUAUUUAUAAGUAAGUGAAUAAUAUUGUUUGGGCAGUUGGUCUGAGAUGUAAUUUCUCAUACGUGUAGGUGGCGCAGUAUAUAGGUGAGACGGAGCUCAACAACGUCUACCUCCUACUGACUGUGACGUGGGAAAAGCCUGACAACAUCAAGUGGAGUUGUCUGGGGGAUGUCCUAUCCCUCUUGGCCCUGUCUCUGUGCAACAGGGAGAUCAUCUUCAGACUUCUGAUUUACGCUAGCAACGUCAUACCCAUUCUGGUGGAGGCUGUAGGUCAGGAUCAGGUGAGUGGUACAAAGUCAAAUCAAGUGGGGGCUGUAGAAAGACUUACCCCUGUUAUCCACCAACUCUUGUAACUUGAAUGUUCUUGAAGGAGUUGAGCUUAAUUAUAGUCACGGCAUCAGCCUCAUCUUUUGGGAUGCGUCGAAUAUAAUAUGUCGUAGGACUUCCCGAACCUCCCUCACCACCUCCCUCAACCACUCCCACACCACCUAAAGAUCCACUGGGCCAAUAUUUGACAUAAUUAUUGUUUCUGAAGCUUGGGACAAGGGCGGAAGUUUGAGCUUAUAUUAUCUUGCACAGCUUCAAGUUGGUGUGCAGCAUGGGCAUGGGGAUUGCAUGUCUGUACUUUUUUGGUGCUAAUAAAUAAAUACAUAUUUAUUUCGGAAAAACAAUAUCUUAUCCUCUAUUCUUCACCGAAACAGCCUUAUUUCUUUGACUAGGUGAGUGGUAUGGCACAGAUUUUAUAAAUGAGCUUUAAUGGGCCGUAUAUAAAAUCACAGAGAACCACUAAUCGAGCAUCUUUUUUUUUAUUCUGAAGCACAUUAGCCUAGAUCAGAGAUGUACUUGGUACCAUGGGACUAAAAUCAAAUGUUUUUUUUGUUUUUGUUUUUAAAAAAAAAAUUAUUAUUAGUGGCUUCCUCUUAUUUGAAUGAUGCUACCAGUAACAAAGCCUACAUAAUUUCAUUUGACGACAUAACCCAGCCUUAGAUCUCAACACCCCGCAUUCCGUAAGAUUCAAUGCGUGCUAUUUCUGCGUCUCCCCUGUGACUCUUAGAACGAAGACGCCAGGCUCCACGCCCUGACCAUCAUCAACGUCUCCGUCACCGUGGCGCGGGCACGGUUCGCCAGGGGCCUGCUCAACGCCAACUUCCUGGACAAACUCGUCGACCGGCUCAAUGACCAGGGUCCUCAUACGUCAGGGCAACUUCUGGAGAAGGUAGGCUGCACUGGACAAUGCAAAACUCACGACAGUAAGAUUGGAAACUGAUAUUUCAUUGAUUUUCUUUCUUUCUUUUUUUAUAUUUUUAUAUUUUUUUUAACAAUGACUUUUCAGUUUGAAAUUAUUUAUUAAUUAACUCGGCGAGCCUUUUUCUUGACAUAUCCUUGACCUUCGUGUAAUCAUUCUAGACGGGUCAUAAGUUCGUUGACUUGGGCGUUCAUAUUACUGGCAACAUUAAAAACACGUUUUACGUUGUGUUUACGCAAUCUCCAUUCAUUCAUUCACUCAAUCUAGGGGAGCCGCUAAACGUCCAUUGUAUCCAGUGGGAUAGGAUUUUCCGCCUCGGAUGACACUUUUUAACAUUAGUUUGUGGGGGUUUGGGGGAUAUUUUCGACCAACAACAGAGGUUUUUUCCCGGGGGAGGAGGUGGCAGGUGUAUGAUAAGUUAUAUCUAUCAGCACGACAUGCCCCCAAAUUUAUCACGCAAGUCUGUCACCCAAUCCACCCAGAUCCUCGAGGUAAUAAAAAGUCUGCUGAUGUGCGGACAGCCCUACACACACGGCUACGCCACUGAGAUCCUCAGCAAAAUGACCUGGGUCAUGGAGUACCACCUCGGCCACAAACCGCUGCACGACUUCUUCCACGAUCUGGUGCGCAGUGCCGACAUCGGAGACAAGCCGCACAUCUGUGCCAAGUACUGGACUAAAGGGAGGUUGAGGAAAGUGAGUGGUGCUUUGAGAUUUAACAAGAUGCAUCCUCAUAUACUGCAACACACGAACAAAGUUUCGUUGUAAACAAUUUUAUAUUACAUGCAUUUAGAUUAUAAUAGUAACAAGACUCUGACCCGCCAACAUUGCUUGAGAAAAGAAUUGUAUAAAUGAGGUAUUCGAAUUUUUCAGGGGAAAUAAUCGCUAAAAAUGCAACGCAUUUUCUUAGAAUGAGUUACUGACAGACAAUCAAGGGAAGUUAUUGGAUUUAGGGAUUCACGUGUUAAAAAUCGAAGAGUUUAUAUAUAUAUAUAUAUAUAUAUAUAUAUAUAUAUAUAUAUAAACAUUUGCUAUGUUUAACUACUUUUUCUGACUUAUCUAUCUAUCUAUCUAUCUAUCUAUCUAUCUAUCUAUCUAUCUAUCUAUCUAUCUAUCUAUAUAUAUAUAUAUAUAUAUAUAUAUAUAAACAUUUGCUAUGUUUAACUACUUUUUCCGACUCUUGGAAAAAAAAAAUUUGUGAGCUGUGGUGACGACUACAAGUUGUUUUUUUGUUGUUUUUAAACAGGAACUUCUGAGUAGAUGUCUGAGGCAGCCCUGGUUAUACAUCUACUGCAGCUGGCCCGCAUGUGGGAACCACAACGCUGCCUUGAACACAUUCUUCCGCAAGUGCGCCGCCUGUUCGACUGUCCGCUACUGUUCCAGACAGUGCCAGGAGAAACACUGGUGGGGCGGCCACAACAUCCAGUGUAAAAUGAUAGCAAGGCCGGUUUAGCUCCACCACUACGACCUUUUAUAGUGCGCUUGUACUUAUCA